AUGAACCUGGAUGGGAAGGAAGUGAACGUCGACCAUGCAGCGGCGGUGGCUCUCCAGCGGGCUUGGCGGAAGAGGAGCGCGUACGUGUUUGUCAAGGACCUCAAGCAGGAAAAGCUGUGCCGUGAUAUGCGAAAAGAGAUGCGGGCCGGUCUCCACGUGGACUGCGAGGCGUGCUCGUCGGCGGGGAAGAAGUCGGCGGAUAUCAAAUCGCGUAACCAGAAGAAGGCGUGGAAGGAUACCGACGAGCUGCUGUUCAAGGGAAUGGCCAGGGUGCAGAUGAGCGACAGAGGCGACAACUGGAACGACCGAUGGCAGGAAGCGCUGAGCCUGCCUAACAAGACCAAGAUGGACAUCAACUACAAACGGAGGAGCCUGGACGCUGUGUACUCGGACUUCGUCCACACGGCCGUCACGUACGGGAGGACGAUUAUCUCCGAGUACUUCCUCCAUGAGUACAUGAAGAGCGUCAAGCCCAAGCGGCUCGGGGGGCUUGCCGGGGGCAAGAAGUACCUGUGGAGGGGCAUUCUGUUCAAGCUGGCGGACGGCAGCCAGGGUCCCUACGGCGGCAGCGAUGAGGCCGCCGCCAAGGCGGCCGGUCACGAGCUCCGAGGGGCGUCGGAGUACCUCCACACCGGGGUAGGGCUGUGCAUCCCGCCCAUGUGCCUCUUGGACUACAAGGGGUUCCGGAUGCUUGCGCAGGCACACCUCCCCCUGGGCGAGACGAGCCUGAAGAUGGGCACUAACGACGGGGGCCGGACGGUCCUGAACGAUUGCCCUAUCCUCGACAAGCGCACCGCGAUGGCGGCCAAGGCGCUCGGGCUGAGGGCCCACAUCGGACCCAGAGACUGGGUCGGUGUACAGGAAGAAGAGAAACGUGGGGGGCCAGAUACUCCACGCGGCGGCGGACGUGGAAGGGCACGAGGGCAUCGAUUCCAGGUGGAGGUGGUGGUGCGGACGCUGAAGCUGGUGCUGAGGGAGUUCCAACGGCGCUGGAUGAAGUCGGAGCAGAGCUCUUCCGAACGGGGCAUGCACUUGUUGGUGACACAGUUCCUGAACCUUGUGACAGGCCACCACGAGCGCUCCCACCUCUUCUGGCGGGAGAACGUCACCACAGGCGUCUGUCAAAGGUUCGGCACUGUUGCUCUCACCGAGUCAGAGCGCGCGGGACUGUGGACAGUCUGCUCGGAUCGGCCGGAAAUCCUCCUCACCAUCGUCAAGGAGCUGGUGAAGGUCACCGGCGUCAGGUUUAAGGAGAGCGUGAACCAGAAGUUGCGAAGCAGGAAGGCCAAAUCUGUCGUGGUGGGCUUCGAGUUCCACCUUGGGGACAUCCGCGACAUCGAGGCGGUCGUGACUCCCAUGGCCAUCUACCAGUGAUGAAAAACAAAAUAAAACAAACACUGCCCAGGAAAUGUUUCGACAUCAUAAACCAGCCUGGAAACGAACUCCGUUUCUUGCCAGGGCAGGGUGAACACAACAGACACGAGCUCCAGGAGGAAGAAGUUGAUGCUCAGCUACUGUUUACUGUCACGGUCGAGACUCGCUACCCUCUCUUGUGUACUUUCAUGAUAUCGUGUCGUCAAAGCCCUUAUUGUUCUUUGUACAUCGUUUUCUUGCUUUCUUGUUGCGCCUCUUUUUUUUUUUUUUUUGUACGUUCGUCGCUUUGCUCGCGCAUGCCCGGUUUCGGAAAAGAUUUCCGGGCCCCACCGCGACUCUUCCACCGAAAAAAAAAACAGCAACGCAAUCGAUGCCGCUUCGAAGUUUUGCAAGACUCACUAGUAUUUUAAAUCGAAAAGUACUCUCUCUCCCUCCCGUGUACGUUUUGUCGUUGUUUGCGGUGUUGCGGAGUGUUGUUUGUUUCUGUUGAUACUCUCUGUCGUGUUUUUUCGUCCUAAACGGGUUGUGAAGGGGUCUGUCGUGUUCCCACCCAGGGCCUAUCCCGUUUGGGCACGAGCUCUCUUCCUGCUGGAGGUAUAUCGUUUUCUCCCGUUUUUUUGUGUUUGUUUUUUUCUUGUCUCUUGUCCAUGUAGUCGUCGUAGUCGUGCCCUCUGCACUUUCUCCGUUGGGGGAUAGGGUGUGGGGGUCGUUGUCUGGUCUUACGGUGGUUAUGUAUGGGAGAUUACAGUUUCUUAAUCUUGGACGUGCGGCGCGCUACUGCUCCUGCUGCUGCUGCUGCUGUGCUUCGCUUUGCUUCACAUUAAGCUUUUUUAUUUGGUUUAUUCUUUUGUUGAGACUUGGUAGUUGCAGCCGAACAUUGCAGUAACGCCCUGCGUUUUUUUUUUGUCUGCAUCGUCUGCUGUGUCUCGUUGUAUUUAUUGUUUUGGAUUCACCAUUCAUGAAGAGCGGUGUAGAGGAUGCUGCUGCCCCGGUAAUAGUGCAUCGCAGCCAUCCUAGGAAAUGAACUCCGUACGCACAUACGCGUCGUUUUUGUCGCCGGGAAGGCGGAGUCGAACCAGACCUGGGUGUCACCUGUCGGGUGCUACGUUGAAGCGUUGGAGUUGGCAUUUGUUUUUUGUUUUUUGUUUUCGUCAGGCCGUACAUACGGCCUCGUCGGUGUGUGUUUGGCGUAUACGUCUUGACGGUGGCAUGCCCCGACCCCCGUUUUUUUUCGUUUUUCACGUGGCACCAUCUCCCGAGAGGACAAGUAAAAGCGCGGAGUUUGUUGGCGGUGGGGUUAUCGAGCCGAAGGCAACUUUUUGGUGUUGUUUCGGCGCAGAGAAGGAGGAGGAGGAGGAAGGCGUUAUACAGACGGCCUGCUGGCUGGGACCAUUCAUUUCACUUCACGUUUCAUUGGCUGUAUUUCGGGGUCUGAUUUUGGCGGUGGUAGGUACCUUAGAGAGGGGAGGGUACGGUGUGCACCUUGGCGGUGUAUCUUGACGGUAACUCGGCCCGGCGUUGAACCCCCCUCCUCCAUCCAAGUGGUACGUAUGUUUUUGUUUGCUCAAGAGUUCGAAGGCGAUGGUGAGGGGGGUCGGAAGAAGAACGUUGACUA